UACACAACCGCAAAUCUUUCAAUACAAUUCAUUCGUUAAGCGUAUAUGUUAUUUAUGAGCUCUCAGUAGCUAUGUACGUUUUACCAUUAUUACAAUUUGGUAAUCGUUUAUGAAUCGUUUGGAUAUCCUUAGUUCUACUGAUUUGUCAUCCCAAGAAUCUUGGCAAAUUUCAACCCUGCUAUUGGUCGGCUCAAUACUAAGUUCAUGAGAUAAAGCAAUAUACACAGCAGGUCUUUUCCGAAUAUCAAAAUGGAGAAGGUCUCUCCGUCCAAAGAACCACAAGCGACGCUCUUUAUCACGGCACCUUGUGGACUCUAUGACGAUUUCGUCUGCCGGCAAGAUAUAAAAAGUGUAAAGAGUAAUUUGGAACAGAUCGAAAAUGAAAGCCCGCUCCAUGAGUUGGAGUUUGCGACGUGCAAGACAUCUAUCUCUGCUCUUGAAAUAGUACGAGCAUUCUUUACAAAAAAUGACAAGCAAGGUUCGAGAAUGAGAAUCCUAUUUUCUGGACACGGAACACCGCCGACGAAGAAACUGAUCGGAAACGAAAACUCUUCGGCCGCUUUGAACGAAGCAUGGAUUUUUCAAAAUGGCACCUUGUCUUUGAAUGAUAUUCUGUACUGGUUCCAGUUGAUCAAGCAUUCGGACGUGUGCCUAGAACUCGUGGUCGAUUCGUAUUUCUCAUAUAAAUGGCGAAAAGGAAUCACCGCCUUCAACGAAACGAACACGAAAAAGAUUAAGUUUUAUUCUUCGACGUUGUCUGAUAUGGGAUCUAGUUCACCAAUGUUUACCGGACAGGGAUCCUUAGCUCUGAAAGAAUGGAGCUUCUAUGGAAAUGAUUGAUAUAAGUCGUGUUAUAAAUAUAUUACUAUUAUUAGGUAUUUUCAGAAUUCCAACUCCCUUGUACGGUAUCGUGGUGAGACCUGGAUAUACUGUAUAUUAUGAUCAUAAUCUGGAUUGUGUUCAGACAAAGUCAAUACGAGCACAAUUUAUGUAUUGUUUCGAUCAAUAUGAUACUUAAUUCCUGUCGUCAACUCCCGAGUUUUAAUCCACAAAACUAUAUGUAUAAAAAUACCAUUUGGGAACUUAGAAACAAUAUUCAAAGAGAGGGGUUUUCUUCAUCGCUUUAUACGAAACAUCUCCAAAAAGCGGUGUUAUAAAUGAGGAAUUUGUUUUUGUUAAGAUAACGCAAUUGGCUAUAAUAUGUCAUAUAUUUAAUCUUUUUUUUUGACGUGGAUGUACAGUAAUGUAAUAAAUAGGCCUAUAUUAAGUGAAGCAAAAUCAAAGAGCAUUCUACCUUGGUUAUUAUGUAAAUAUACCAGAAAAUAAUUACCUGAUACUAGCAUAAACUAGAUAUUACUGUAUGCCAUUUUAUCCCUGUGAAUAAAUUUCUCGAAUGUGAUCGCAAAGACGAAUCUCAUCAGA